GUACUGAUAAAGCUAAAACCUAUCCGCAGAGACACAAACAGUACCGCAUAAUAAAUUUUAAAUUUUAAACAAUAGUGCAGAGCUAAAAAACUAAAUCACUAUAAAUAAUGCUACACUAUAUUGCCAAAAAUACUGGGACAACCCUCCAAAUCAUUGGAUUCAUGUUUUCCAAGGCCUCCAUGGCCACAAGUGUAUAAAGUCAAGAACCUAGGCAUGCAGACUGCUUCUACAAACAUUUGUGAAAGAAUGGGUUUCUCUCAGGAGCUCAGUGAAUUCAAGUGUGGUACCGUGAUAGAUUGUCACCUGUGCAAUAAGUCCAUCCGUGACAUUUCCUGGCUACUAAAUAUUCCACGGUCAACUGUUAGUGGCAUU